AUGACUGAUGCGAAGGGGCGGUGCCGCCGCGGGUGGGCGGGGCCAGGCCUCGCCCCAGCGCCUGACGCGGCACCACGCCGUCUCUUCCAGGAGCAGGCGCAGCCGGCAGUCCUCGACAUCCCCCUGGAUCGCCUGACCGUGUCCUACUGCCGGAGCAGUGGCCCUGGCGGACAGAAUGUUAAUAAAGUGAAUACCAAGGCAGAAGUUCGGUUCCACCUGGCAUCAGCUGACUGGAUUCCAGAAGCUGUGAGACAAAAAAUGGCAUCAAUGCAGAGGAAUAAGAUCAACCGAGCUGGUGAGCUGAUUGUGAACUCCGAAGAGAGUCGCUACCAAAUGAAGAAUCUGGCAAUUUGUUUAGAAAAAAUCAGAACCAUGGUCACGGAGGCUACCGAGAAGCCCAAGGUGGUGUCUAAGGAGACAACACAGAAACUCAUAGAGAGGGUGGAAAACAUGAACUGUGAACGACUACGACAGAAAAAGAUACACUCAAAUAUAAAGCAAAGCAGGAAGGCAGACUUUGACUGAGAAGAGCAGAAAUUGAAGUCCUUGGCACACUGUCUUUUAAAAAAAAUGGCACUGACAGCUGUAAAUGAUGCUAAACUCAUGAGCUAUAUUGAAUAAAAAUGGCCUAAAAGUGUAAAUUAAAAUAUUUAACACCUGCUUUUGAACAUAA